AACGAUAUAUUUCGUUCUACUAUGCAUCAGGAUGCACACGAAUUUCUUAAUUAUCUCCUUAAUAAGAUCGUAGAGGAAAUAGAAGAGGAGAAGAAAUCGCCGAACGACGCUAUGGGUGAGGACUGUGAGUCGUUUCGCUACGCAACUUUAGUUCAUAAGCUUUUCGAAGGCGUUCUCACCAGCGAAACCCGUUGCCUCACUUGCGAAACGGUUUCGGCUCGCGAUGAGUCCUUUCUGGAUCUCUCGAUUGACAUUGAACAGAACUCUAGUGUCACUGCGUGCUUGCGCCAAUUUAGCGCCAGUGAAAUGCUCUGUCAGAAGAACAAGUUUUUCUGCGACUCUUGUUGUGACUUGCAGGAGGCGGAGAAACGUAUGAAGAUUAAGAAACUACCCAAUGUCUUGGCUUUACACUUGAAGCGGUUCAAGUAUCAAGAGGACCUGCAAAAGUACAUCAAGCUCGCCUAUCGGGUAGCUUUUCCUAUCGAACUUCGACUGUUCAAUACUGUUGACGACACGGAGGACGCGGACCGACUGUACAAUCUGUUCGGAAUCGUUGUACACAUUGGAACCGGCCCACAUCAUGGUCACUACAUCUCCAUCAUCAAGACGAGCGGGUCAUGGCUCGUUUUUGAUGACGAUAAUGUCUAUCCAUUACCCGAAGGCGAUAUCUCCAAGUACUUUGGUGAUUCUCCCGCUGGCUCUGCCUACGUACUCUAUUAUCAAGCU